GCGGCGGGGAGAGCACGGCCAAGGCUGCCCAGCGGUGCCUCCUCCACACCCCCCGCCGCAGCAGCACCGGCGACAGAUUUUUAAAAAAAUGGAUUUGGCCAACCAUGGACUUAUUCUCCUGCAACAGUUAAACGCUCAGCGAGAGUUUGGUUUCCUGUGUGACUGCACGGUUGCCAUCGGCGAUGUGUACUUCAAGGCACACAAAUCAGUUCUUGCUUCAUUCUCCAAUUACUUUAAGAUGUUGUUUGUCCAUCAGACCAGUGAGUGUGUCCGUUUGAAACCAACUGACAUACAGCCAGAUAUUUUCAGCUAUCUCUUGCAUUUGAUGUACACUGGCAAGAUGGCACCUCAACUGAUUGAUCCUGUUCGAUUAGAGCAGGGGAUCAAGUUUCUGCACGCCUACCCACUGAUCCAGGAAGCCAGCCUGGCCAGCCAAGGAGCCUUUUCUCAUCCCGACCAAGUCUUCCCCCUGGCCUCUUCCCUGUAUGGCAUUCAGAUUGCAGAUCACCAGUUGAGACAAGCCACCAAGCUUGCCUCCGCCCCCGAGAAGCUCGGGCGGGAACCCCGGCCACAGCCGCCCAGGAUGAGCCAGGAGCAGGUGCCUGAGGCCUCCCAGCUCUCGCAGCUGACUUCAAACCUGGCCCAGGUGACUCGGACGCACCUGACUCCCUCGGACCCCCUGCAGACCUCACUGUCUCCAGAACUCGUGUCCACUCCUGUGCCCCCCCCUCCCCCCGGCGAGGAGACCAAUCUGGAAGCCUCUUCCUCGGACGAGCAGCCGGCACCCCUCACCAUAGCCCACGUCAAGCCGAGCAUCAUGAAGAGGAACGGGAGCUUCCCGAAGUACUACGCCUGCCACCUGUGCGGCCGGCGCUUCACGCUGCGGAGCAGUUUGCGGGAACACCUCCAGAUCCACACGGGGGUCCCGUUCACGGCCGGCCAGCCGGGAGAAAGCCGGGCGCCCCUGUCUCUUUGUAGCAACGCGGCCGACCUGGGGAAGGACGCCAUGGAGGUGCCCGAGGCCGGGAUGGUCAGUGACAGUGAGCUGCCGCACAUCUCCGACUCCCCCAUCAUCGACGGGCAGCAGCACUCGGAAACGCCGCCGCCCUCCGACAUCGCGGACAUCGACAACCUGGAGCAGGCCGACCAAGAGCGCGAGGUCAAGCGGCGCAAGUACGAGUGCACCAUCUGCGGCCGCAAGUUCAUCCAGAAGAGCCACUGGCGGGAACACAUGUACAUACACACCGGCAAGCCCUUCAAAUGCAGCACGUGUGACAAGAGCUUUUGCAGGGCCAACCAGGCUGCCCGGCACGUGUGCCUCAAUCAGAGCAUCGACACCUACACCAUGGUGGACAAACAGACUCUGGAGCUCUGCACGUUUGAGGAAGGCAGUCAGAUGGACAACAUGUUGGUCCAGACCAACAAACCCUACAAAUGCAACUUGUGUGACAAAACGUUCUCGACUCCCAAUGAGGUGGUUAAACAUUCGUGCCAAAACCAGAACUCGGACGUUUUUGCCCUGGACGAGGGGCGGUCCAUUCUCCUGGGCAGCGGGGACUCCGAAGUCACGGAACCUGACCACCCGGUGUUAGCUUCCAUCAAAAAGGAACAGGAAACAGUGUUGUUAGACUGAAUGUGACUUUCCUUUUUAAAAACUGUCAUUUUUACAGAGACUGUCUCCUCUCUCUCUCUCCGCCCUCCCCCCCACCCCCCAGUUCAGAACUGUAGUUCUCCAUGGCAUGAUACAAACAGGUCCCCGGCCCCUCUGUCCUCCCCGCCCCCUCCCUGUCCCCAGCCCUUCCUCCACAAAGGCUUUGUGCAUUAUAAACCUGGAACAUAUUUACUUCGAGUCAGGGGACAUUGGAAAGAUAAUGGUCAGUAGUACUUAUAAACUCAAAUAGAUUUUGAGACGUUUUAGAUUAUUUAAAAGCCUACUUGGAACUAAUGAAGGGUAUAUAACAAAACAAAACAAAACCACUAGAAUGCGAUUUGGUAAGCUAAAAUUAUGACUUUCCCUGGGUAAUAAGUCUUCCUUCUCAGAAAAUGGCAGAAAAUACAGCAUGCUUCUUAGAGAUACCACUGGGCUCUGUACUAUGCAAAAUCUAGAAGGUGUGGGGAAACUUGAAACCCAAGCAAAUGUUCUUAGUAUUUAUCCUCCAGGUCUUAUUUCAGAAUGCAUCCUUUGAGAUUAUGUCCAGUCAAGAAAAAUCAUUCGUUAAGAAAUCUACUUGAACAAAACACAAAAGAGAAAAAGUAAUAAUGUGAUGGCAAUCUUAAUUUUUGGAUAAAACAUGACAAAGCUGUGAGUUUGUGUGUUUGUAAGAGAAAAUGUGUGGAUAUUUGCGAUUAACAGGUGUAUUAACGCACAUGCCUUAUCAAAUUGCUGGCUUCUUUCAAAGUUGAACAAGAACAAAAUUCUCUGUUUUAGUUUCUGAUAAAUCUGUUGGUUGUUUUCAAAAUCAGAUUUGAAAGUACUAUUCUAUAGAUUGUCUUUCUGAAUAGAAAACGACAUGCCAU